CAGCCGCUGCGCUCUCCGCCGCUCCCGGCGCUCCCCUCCCCCACGCUCCGCCGCGGUCCCUUCCGCCCACUCGGAGCGCGGCGGGCGCCCGUGACAUGCUGCCGCCGCCGAGGGACGGUCCCCGCGUCUGAAGUGCCCGCGAGGAAGUGAGCUGGGCCGGCGCCGGCGAUGACAGCCAUGAAGCAGGAGCAGCAGCCCACGCCGGCGGCCAGGGCGAGCCCGGCGCAGCCCGCCGACCAGGAACUGGGAAGUAACAGCCCUCCACAGAGAAACUGGAAGGGAAUUGCGAUUGCCCUGCUGGUGAUUGUAGUCGUGUGCUCACUCAUCACUAUGUCAGUCAUCCUCCUAACACCAGAUGAACUCACAAAUUCAUCAGAAACCCAGCUGUCUUUAGAAGAUCUCUUCAGGAAAGACUUUAUCCUCCAUAAUCCAGAAGCUCGAUGGAUCAAUGAUACAGAUGUGGUGUAUAAAAGUGAGAAUGGACAUGUCAUUAAACUGAAUACAGAAACAAACGCUACCACAUUAUUAUUGGAAAACACAACUUUUGUAACCUUCAAGGCAUCAAGGUACUCAGUAUCACCGGAUCUAAAAUACGUCCUUCUGGCAUAUGAUGUAAAACAGAUUUUUCAUUAUUCAUAUACAGCUUCAUAUGUGAUUUACAACAUACACACGAGGGAAGUUUGGGAGUUAAAUCCUCCAGAAGUAGAGGACUCCGUUCUGCAGUACGCAGCCUGGGGUGUCCAGGGGCAGCAGCUGAUUUAUAUUUUUGAAAAUAAUAUCUACUAUCGGCCUGAUAUAAAGAGCAGUUCGUUGCGACUGACAUCUUCUGGAAAAGAAGGAAUUAUUUUUAAUGGAAUUGCUGACUGGUUAUAUGAAGAAGAAAUUCUGCAUUCUCACAUCGCCCACUGGUGGUCACCAGAUGGAGAAAGGCUCGCCUUCCUGAUGAUAAAUGACUCGUUGGUGCCUAACAUGGUUGUCCCUCGCUUUACUGGAGCAUUAUACCCCAAAGCAAAGCAGUACCCAUAUCCUAAGGCAGGUCAAGUGAACCCAACAAUAAAAUUAUAUGUUGUAAACCUAUAUGGACCAACUCACACUUUGGAACUUAUGCCACCUGACAGCUUUAAAUCAAGAGAAUAUUAUAUAACAAUGGUUAAGUGGGUAAGCAACACCAAGACCGUGGUGAGAUGGUUAAACCGGCCCCAGAACAUCUCCAUCCUCACCGUGUGUGAGACCACAACUGGAGCUUGCAGUAGAAAAUAUGAGAUGACAUCAGACACCUGGCUUUCUAAACAGAAUGAGGAGCCUGUGUUUUCUAGAGAUGGCAGCAAGUUCUUCAUGACUGUUCCUGUCAAGCAAGGGGGCCGAGGAGAAUUCCAUCACAUUGCUAUGUUCUUUGUUCAGAGUAAAAGUGAGCAAAUUACUGUGCGACAUCUGACAUCUGGAAACUGGGAGGUGAUAAGGAUCUUGGCGUAUGAUGAAACUACUCAGAAAAUUUACUUUCUGAGCACCGAAUCAUCUCCCAGAGGCAGGCAGCUAUACAGUGCUUCUACUGAAGAGUCACUGAAUCGCCAAUGCAUUUCAUGUAACGUUAUGAAAGAACAAUGUACAUAUUUUGAUGCCAAUUUUAGUCCCAUGAAUCAACAUUUUCUAUUAUUCUGUGAAGGUCCCAGGGUCCCAGUGGUCAGCCUGCACAAUACAGACAACCCAGCAAAUUAUUUUAUAUUGGAAAGCAAUUCUAUAUUGAAGCAAGCUCUCCAAAAGAAGAAGACAGUAAAGUCAGAAAUUAAAAUUGUUCAUAUCGAUGAAUAUGAACUUCCUUUACAGUUGUCCUUGCCCAAAGAUUUUAUGGAACGGAACCAGUAUGCUCUUCUAUUAAUAAUGGACGAAGAACCGGGAGGCCAGCUGGUUUCAGAGAAGUUCCAUAUUGACUGGGAUUCAGUGCUUGUUGACACGGAUAAUGUUAUUGUAGCAAGAUUUGAUGGCAGAGGAAGUGGAUUCCAGGGCCUAAAAAUUUUACAGGAAAUUCACCGAAGCUUAGGUUCAGUAGAAGCAAAGGAUCAAAUAGCAGCUGUGAAAUUUUUACUGAAACUGCCAUAUAUUGACUCCAAAAGAUUAAGCAUUUUUGGAAAGGGAUAUGGUGGAUACAUUGCAUCAAUGAUCUUAAAAUCAGACGAAAAGUUUUUUAAAUGUGGAUCAGUAGUUGCCCCCAUCACAGACAUGAAGCUCUAUGCCUCUGCUUUUUCUGAAAGAUAUCUUGGUAUGCCAUCGAAGGAAGAAAGCACUUACCAGGCAUCCAGUGUGCUGCAUAAUAUACAUGGCUUAAAAGAAGAAAAUAUAUUAAUAAUUCAUGGAACUGCUGACACAAAAGUUCAUUUCCAGCAUUCAGCAGAAUUAAUCAAACAUCUAAUAAAAGCCGGAGUAAAUUAUACCAUGCAGGUCUACCCAGAUGAAGGUCAUAAUGUGUCCGAGAAGAGCAAGUAUCAUCUCUACCGCACAAUCCUCAGAUUCUUCAGCGAUUGUUUAAAGGAAGAAAUCUCUGCGUUACCACAGGAACCAGAAGAAGAUGAAUAAUGAACCCUAUUUAUACAGAACUGAGAGGAUACCAAGGCUCAAUGAAGUGUCACCAAGACUGUCACAUCCUGGAUGCUCCAGAUUGCAAGGGCCACUUAAGGAGGUGGCACUGGAACAGCACACUCAGAGACAAUGAACUAGAAUUUGAAGAGGGGUGUCCGAGUCUACUGUGCUGCAGAACCUGUUUCGUUGUAAAAGGAAGGUCAAAGGGAGAUUUCAGGGGAGAAAUUAGUUUCACAUUAAAGUAGGAGUAGUGCAUGUUUUCUUCCGUUACCCCCAUUUGUUCUGUAACUAGUUCCUCUCAUUUUAAUUUCACUGGCCACCGUCAUCUUUGCAUAUAAUGCACAAUUCAUCGUCAGUAAUCCAGUCCCUGAUCUUUGAUGGCUGAGCUGCAUUCUAACACUACUGUACCUUUACAAUAAGUGCAAUUCUUUCAUUGUCUAUUAUCAUGCUUAAGAAACUAUUCAGUUAAUAAAAAACAGUAUUUUAUGUAAUUUCUGUUUUUAAAAAGGUAUUAUUGAGUCAACGGACUUGUAGAAAUAUGGAUUUCAGCACCUUCCAAAGUUCAGCCAGUUAUCAGUAGAUGCGAAGUCUUUAAGCCAACACACAAGUGUAUGUCUACAAGAUUAUAUAUAUAUAUACAUAUAUGCACGUGUGCAUAUACAGUCAGUGAUUCUAUCUUUAUAUGUUAUUCAUGGUAUAAAGGGUAAACUUUUGAUGAAUUAGAAAAGAUGUUGUUUUACAGAUUAUAAUGGAUGCUUUGUUUAAUGAGCCAAAUAUGAUGAAACCUUUUUUUCUGAUUCAAAUCCUAGCUGUUGCUUUCGUAUAAAUGCUUGGGUUGUGUUUGGUAUUGUUUUUAGUGGUUAAUCGUUUUCUAGUUGCAAUUUAAUUUUUGAAUAUGAUACUUGUCACAUGUAAAUUAGAUACUCAAAUAUUAAAUUAUAGUUUCGAUAAAGAAAUUUUAUUAACAAUACAAAGCCACUGAGUGCUAUUUUGCUCAUUUGAUGAAGGCUUUUUUUUAAAAAGGAGGAAAAAAAAAACCUUGGGACUUACUUUCAUCUCUCAGUGCAUAAUCACCUCUAAUUUUCAUUGUAAUUGCAAGAUCUGGAUUAUUUCACUUCCCAGUUUCUGUUCGAGGCCUGCCCAAUUUGUUGUUCCUUGUUGACUUAAAUAUUUCUGGUGAGAACUGUUUUUUAUUAAUUGUCCCAAAGGUUUACAGACAGGAGCAUUUGCUAUUUAAUUUGAAUGAAAUUCAUAUACAGAAUUCAUCAGUACCUGCACAGUGUUGAUUUGCAGUAAUAACUGAACAGAGUAGAAUAAAUUCUACAGCACUGAGUCAGUAUAAGCCACGAGAAUAUCCACUAGAUGCCGAAAAUGAGAGUGUCUUUGUACAUCAUGUAGGGACUAUCAGGAAGAUGUCCAAAAGUUUAGAACGAAGAUUGAAUUUCAGAAAUAGCUAUGUGAUAUAGUGUGUUUUCACGGUUUAAAAAAAAUAGUUU